AUGGCGGCGGGCGGUGCGGGCGGCGGCUGCGCCUCGGCCCCGCUGCUGCUGCUGGGGCUGGUGGCGGCGGCCGGGCUGGGCGGGGAGGCGGCGCGGCUGUACCGGCCCGGGGAGGACCCGCUGACCGUGCUGGAGGCGGGCACCGUGCGCCGGGCGCUGCUCAACUCCUCGGCCGCCUGGGUGCUGCAGUUCUACAGCUCGUCGUGCGGCCACUGCAUCGGCUUCGCCCCGACCUGGCGGGCCCUGGCCGGGGACGUGAAAGACUGGGAAUCUGCCAUCAGGAUUGGUGUGCUGGAUUGCGGGGAGGAAGAGAACUAUGAGACCUGUAAAGAAUAUGGUAUUCUCUACUAUCCAACUUUUAGGUACUUCAAAGCAUUUACAAAGCAGUUCACAACUGGGGAAAAUUACAAAGCAGGGUCAGAUCGUGAGCUCCAAACUGUUCGUCAAAUGAUGAUUGAUUUUCUACAGAACCAUUCCCAAGAAUCAAGACCACCUGCUUGCCCUCCCUUGGAUCCGAUUCUGUCCAGUGAGAUUGCUUCUCUUUUUGACCAGAAUAGUCAUCAUUAUACUGCCAUUGUGGUUGAAAGUAGUAACUCCUAUGUCGGGCGAGAGGUGAUCUUAGACUUGAUUCAGUAUGAAAACAUUAUGGUAAGGAGAGUGCUGAAUUCUGAUAAGGCUUUUCUAGAGAAACUUGGUAUUACCUCAAUCCCUUCAUGUUAUCUGAUCUAUCCAAAUGGGUCCCAUGGAUUAAUUAACAUUUUGAAGCCUCUUCGGUCUUUCUUUUCUUCCUAUUUAAAGUCACUGCCCGGCGUGAGAAGAAAACUUGUUUCACAACUUCCACUACCAAAAAAGCAAAGUAAACAGGAGGGCACAGAAAUCAAGGCAUGGAAGGAAUUUGAUAAAGCUAAACUGUACAUGGCUGACCUUGAAUCAGGAUUGCAUUACCUGCUCAGGGUAGAGCUUGCCACUCACAAGACGCUUGAGGGAGCUGAGCUAAAGACCUUCAAGGAUUUUGUUACAGUCAUUGCCAAGUUAUUUCCUGGCCGUCAGCCCGUGGUGAAGUUGUUAGAAACCUUGCAAGAGUGGCUGGUGAGCCUUCCAUUAGACAAAAUCCCUUAUGAUGCUAUCCUAGAUCUGGUCAACAACAAAAUGCGGAUUUCUGGAAUAUUCCUCACUACCCACGUUCAGUGGGUAGGCUGUCAGGGGAGCAGACCAGAGCUGAGAGGUUAUACCUGUUCCCUCUGGAAGCUGUUCCACACCUUAACUGUUCAAGCUGCAGUUCGACCAAAAGCCUUAAUCAAUACAGGUUUUGAGGAUAAUCCCCAAGUGGUCCUACAGAUCAUGCGGAGGUAUAUUCAGCACUUUUUUGGGUGCAAGGCUUGUGCAAAGCAUUUUGAAGAGAUGGCUAAAGAAUCCAUGGAUUCCGUGAAAACCCUAGACAAGGCUGUUCUCUGGCUGUGGGAGAAGCACAAUGUAGUGAAUGACAGGCUUGCAGGUGAUCCGAGUGAAGAUCCAAAAUUUCCUAAAGUUCAGUGGCCAACUCCAGAUCUCUGUCCUGAGUGCCAUGAUGAAAUUAAAGGAUUACACAGCUGGAAUGAGGCCCAAGUGCUACAAUUCUUGAAGCAUCACUAUCACAAUGAAAAUAUUCUAUAUAAAUACACGGAAGGCCAGGUUAACACUAAUGAAAUAGAAGUUGGGGAUUUGAGAGAGAGAAAAGGCACAAAUUUACCCAAGAAAACAAGUGGAAACAAAGACGACAAGAUCAUGGAUCAACAAAAUAUGUUGGAUUCAAAAUCUAAGGUCUUAGAUAAAUUAAUAGCAAAUAACGGACCUGUCAGAGAUAGAGGUAAAAAUGCAAUCGAAUCAGUUAUCCAUAAAGAGACCAAGCCAUCUGUGUCUUUCUUAGGGAUUGGAUUUUCUAGCAUAGACAUGAGUCUGUGUGUUGUACUUUAUGUAGCAUCAUCCUUAUUUUUAAUGAUAAUGUACUUUUUUUUCCGAAUGAGGUCCAAACGGUGGAAGGUGAGGUAUUAUCGUCCGGGUGUGUAGAACUUACAGAAAUGACAUUUUCAUUGUAAGUGGCUGAUCAGUACCAGACGCAGCUUUAAUAUUUUUGAUCAGGGAUUUUAUACACAGUAUUGUUUCAAAACCCUCCUCCCCCACUCCCAACUCAUUUCACCAGUGUUCUCAUUUAGUGCUGUAGAGCGUGUUCUGGGAAUCCCAAUAUUCGUCUCGUAUCCAGGUCCAUAGCACUGAGUUAAAGUGUUUACUAAAGGAGAAAGAUUGAACUUUUCCAUUAACAUAUCAUUACGUACUGUUUGCUUCAUUUACUGGUCUCUAAUGUGAGGAACUACACUAUGUAAUUAGUUACUCCAGGUGUUGGAAAGAAACUGAAUACUGGUGUGUGUGUUCUGACACAGCCUUUUAAUUUUAUCCCGAGUUGACUACAUAAUCUACCUGUCCACCCGCUGCUCAUUGUGUGAGAUCUUGUUGUUGCCUUUGGAGAAGCAAGAAUUUUGAUUUUUUUCAGAGAAAGAAACAGUGUAUUUGAAUAAACUUUACAAAUAUAUAAUGUUUUUUAAAAAUGAAUGUUUUUCUCCAUUACAUUUUUGCAGUUGGAAGCCAUAAGUGUCCAAAUACAAUUCCUCCCUCUCCCCUUAGUUCCAGCCAAGGGGAUAUGCACUUCCAGGAGGCUCAGCAGUUGGGGGUAUUUAGAUGAUCUGAAUAGUGUACAAGAGGCCUGAUUCUGAUCUUGCGUACGGCAAUGUCCAUUCAAAAAGAACCCUGUUGACUUCAAUGGGGUUACACCGUUGUAAGUGAGAGCAGACCCAGGCCGAAUCUUUUUGCCUGCCCCUCUAUUCCAAAUUUAGGCAGAGCAUUAAACAACCCAUCUUUAUUUGCUAAUUUAUAAAUAGGGGAGGAACUAAGGAAUAGUUAGGGAAAUACCGUACUGUUGAAUUACGCUAUUGGAAGCCACUUCUCAUUAACUCUAGUAAAGUGAAACUCUGUGCCUGGUCAAGCAGAGUGAAAGUCCUGCGUGGUUUUGGUGGGCCAAUACAAAUUUCAGUUCUGGUUACAGUGACUUUCUUACAACAUUGUGACACAUACAAAAAAACUUCAGUAGAAAGGUUCCACAAUGUAAGAAUCUUCACUCACAAUUGUGAAGUUUUCUGGUGCUACAAAAAUAUGAGUGAUUCAAGACAGUCUCCUUAUGCAUGUUCCUUCUGCUAGUGCAUUCCACUGUUUGGAUUAAAAACCAACAAAAUAAGAAUGGCCAUACAGGGUCAGUCCCGUGGUCUUCUGACAGUGGCCGGUACCAGAUGCUUCAGAAGGAAUGAACAGAACAGGGCAGUUAUCAAGGGAUCAUCCAGUCCCAGCUUCUGGCAGUCAAAAGUUUAGGGACACCCAGAGCAUGAGUUGCGUCCCUUACCAUCUUGGCUAUUAACCAUUGAUGGACCGAUCCUCCAGGAACUUCUUUUUUUAACCCAGUUAUAUUUUUGGCCUUCACAACAUCCCCUGGCAACGAGUUGCACAGGUUGACUGCAUUAUAUGAAGAAAUACGUCCUUACGUUUGUUUUUACACCUGCUGCUUAUUCAUUUCAUUGGAGUGACCGCUGGUUCUAAACAGACAUUUAGUUGCAACUGUGCUCAUCUCUUUUACUCCAAUAUGGGUCAUGGCAGCUUUUUGGAACAUAGAAAUUGCCGUUCCAGAUCAGACUACUGGUCCAUCUGUCGAGUAUCCUGCCUCUGACUGUGGCUGGUGCCAAAUGCUGCAGAGGAAGGCAUAAGAAGCCAUGAAAUGAACAGUUACAAAAUUACCAGUCCAAAGUGGAAGUUUCCUAAUUUCAGCUGUCAGUGGAUGGUUUAUGGCAUGGAGCAUGAGGUCUACAAUCCUAUCUAGUGUAACUCUUGGUCUUCUUCUAUUCAUGUAAAUGUCUAAUCUUUUUUUAAACCUGCCACACUGUAGCCUCAAUGUUUUCUUUUGGCAUUGAGUUCUACAAUCAAAUAUGUUGUGUAAAAAGGUAUUUCCUUAUAUCAGUGUUCAAGUUAACUCUCGAUUUCACUGAAUGUCCCCUUGCUCUUGUAUUAUGAGAGGGGGAAUAAACAGCUCCAGGCUAAUUCAAUCAUUUAUUCCUUCAUUUUAUUAAUUAUUCUGUGUACUUCUGUAAUGUCCCCUUCUUAUUUCCACUACAAGCCGUAUUACAAAGUUAAAACUUAGCAGUAAAAAUUAGCUAAAACUUAGCACAUACGUCUCAGCAAGGACAUAUUUUUUUUAUUAACAAAUGGAAAUUAUAGGGAUUUGUGUGUCAAACUGCAGCUUCGUGUAACUUUAAAAGAAGGCAAAUGAUUAUUCAAAGAAAGCCAGUGCAAAGGGACUAGCAGUGACUAUUGCAUAUUUACAAGAACCACUUCAAUAAAUUUACUCUGAAUACAUUUGUAUGUGUCUAAAAAUGCCUAAAUCUGCAUUCACAGAACAAGCGCUGUGAAGAAACCAUUAAUUCAUGUUUUCUUAAGAUGCCUUAGGGCUAAAGUUUGUUUAUGUGCAAAGCCUGAAUAAAUGGGCUUUGCAUGAGUGACAAAUCCCACCUGUAUACUUGGAGCUAGAUGGUGAGCACCCAUACAGGAGUUCUGCAUUCUGUUCUGUAUUCUGUCCACUGCCUGGGCCCCUUGGCAGUGUGCUGAGGUAGCAGAGUCUGCCAUAGGGUGAUGGUUUUAUGCUUGGGGUGUCUGUGAAGUUAGAAGAAUUUCUGCCAAAAUGGAUGGGAAGAAGCACCUAUGAACGAUUUCACGUCAGUCUGCAUUUUUCUAAGUAAAUGGAUGUUUUUAAAGGUGUGGUGUGAUAGACCAAAAUGGCUUCCUCCCUGUUUGGUGGGAUUAAGAAUCCCCGUAUGGGUUCAUGGGGCUCAUUUUUAAAUACUCCGAGAGAUGGUGAAACAAGAGUGGAAGUUAACAAUUAAGGUUCUCAGUCUGAUCUGUGCCAUUGUGCUUUGUUAUUAUAGGGUUUCAAAUAGUGGAGAGCCCAAAGGGGGGAGCUUAGAACAGAGGCCAAAAUUUUGGAACUUGGAGGCGUUAAGCCAGGCCCCUAACGAAGGGGCCUGAUUUUUUUGAGUUGACUUGACAAAGCGGAGGGAGCUCAGCAUCUCUAAAAAUUGGGCACCUGAUUUGGAAAAUGUUGAUCAGUCUCAGAGGGCUCUUUGAACUUACGAACAGCAGCAAGGAUCACACAUUUUAGUAUUAAAUAACACGCUCAUUUUUAACUCUGCUGGAUGUGUAGAAUUGGGUUUGAGUUUUUUAUCUCUUUUUAUUUUCAUCAGUAUAUUCAUUGAACCAAUCAAGCCAGUGAAGGAUCAUGGGGAUGAUUUUGCCCUUAGAACAGCUAGUGAAUGAUGCAUUUAAGAAAAUGUUCUUUGUUCACUGUAUAAAUACUGUAAGCUUUCACUCUGCCUUUAUGGUGUUUGAAACAUGGGAAGUGGAACAGAUACCCAAACUUCCAGAAUGGCUUUUUCCCCCUCAAAGAAUACAGAUAGAUGUAAACAGAAUUUGGAUUAUCCAAUCUUGGUGUUAUGGCUAAGUGCUGCCAUGUAAUUGGUACAUAGUUUUCAUUUUCAUUGGUAGCAGUGCCCACCUCACUUGGAAAAGCUACCCUGAACUUUGGGUUUAGUUUUGUAAAUCUCAGUUUGUGCUGUUACUAUGUAGGUUUAAACUGACCUGUGUUAUUUCCUUUUGUGCGUGAUGAUUGUCCCGAUGGAUUUUCACAUUCAGUGCUAUAAUGAUUUUACUCACGAUUGACUGUGUCUCCAGAAAGUGUCCAUCAUGAGAUAAUGCAGGGCUGUUUUGACAUGCUGUAUUACAAAUACCCUGUCAUAAGCUGGUUAUGUCCUUUUAUUAAAAUGCCUUUAAAAGCACCUAUUCAAUCCUGGCAUUUUGAUUUUAUAAUGCGCUAAGUUCCAAAAUGAGAUAAAUCGAUAUGUAUGGAUCAUACCAGACUUCCAUACUCAGGACGGAAUUUUGUCCAUCGUAACACACUGAAAGGGUUCUGUGCUAUUCGGAUGUUUUCAAUGUGAAAAUAUUAAACUGCAGAAAAAAAUGAAAAUAACAAAUAUAGGAACCUACUAGGUCUAAGGGAGGAGGGGAAGCUAGUGCCAAGAAUGCCAAAAUGAAACUCUUCCCUUGAGUUCCAAUUUUAACUGCAAAUUGUGUGUGUUUCAUGUGACUCCUGUUUAGAACUCGACGUUAGGACCAUUUUUACAAAAGGUUCAAAUGUAUUUUCUGGGUCUGAAAAUGUUGACUACAAGCUGUUGAGACUGAAUGUAAGUGUUCAGUAAUGUAAGUGUUUUUAUUUAUUUUUUGAUUGAAUGACUUGAAUAAAAGAGAAAGUAGUGGACAUGAAAAUGUCAGAUAUAUACCUCUCUCUAGCAGAGAAAGUGUUCAUUUUGUACUAAACUGUAAACGAAUGUGCUCAUUUAAAUAAAUACAUUGCACACAUUUUGGAAAAA